AUGGAACAACCCCACCCAAAGCCAAUUUACACCGAUACAGAAAACCGAAGAUUGAAGGAGCUAAGAAUCGAUGCAAAAUACAAGAACAGGUGCACAUUCCAAGAAUGCGUUUGGAUGAAGGCCUCGCAUGACGAGUGUAAAUUCGUUGGAAUGCCAGCAGAUGCGCCGAGUCACAUAGCCAAGGGUCAUUUAAAAAUCCAUCGUCACGAGUGCAAGAUUUGUCAUAUGAAGUUUUUCGACGAGCUCGAAGUCUACUUGCACUUCUCGACGCAGUGCCCAGCUUCCAAGUGGGACGACAUGAACAGUAGGCUGUUCAGCCGCGACGAGGCCAUCACCCAUCGUCGAGUCGUCAACACCUCGUUCGAACCAUCGAAAAGAGAGAAGUACUAUGAGUAUCAGAAAUUGCAGAAUCAAGUGAAGAGCGUGAGCAAUCAGGAGCCGGCCCUUCCGAGUACCCCUGGAUAUGAUGACGUUGUGGAGCAAACUUUGGCUGCUGCUCAAAUGGCUGCUGCUUCAGGAUCAGGACAUCGAGAAAAAUCCACAAAUGGCAAUCGAUGUACGAGACCUAGAAAGUCUUCAAGAGAACCACAGGUGCUGGAGACAAGCGUUCGAAGCUUACCGAUCGCAAUGAGAUCUCGUGAGGCAUCGAUUGAGCACAACUACCCAGAAGGAUAUGAUCCGAAUGCGCGGCCAAUACAGUUUGGAUACAUUCCGAGAGAUCAAGCAGGACCAUCAUCACAGAAUCAGCAACGUCAACCCCUUCAGGAUCCGAGACUAGCUGCACAGAGUCAGAGAUCGGAUCCAAGAUGGGCAUCUCCCAUGGAAACAUUGUACCCGGAAGAGCCCGAUACGAUUAUGGUGGAUCCGACGCCAGAACCUGAAGCCGAUCCAUCGUUGAUUGAUGAACCGAUCCCAUUGGUUUUCAACCGACCACCUCCACCGAUCCCAUCGAAUUUUAAUUUUAAUCAGCCACCUCCACCGAUUGCUCAGCCUCCACCGGUUGCUCCUCAAGUUCGUGUUGAUCUUCCAAGAGCCUCCCGAUCUGAUUGGACCGAGAUGAAGCGUUCAACGAUAGCUCCAGCUGCUCCACCAGCUGCUGAGCCGCCAAGACCAGUUCCAGCUCCAGCCAAUCCUCCAGGGAGAUCGGCUCCACUUCUACAAGCUGCUCAGCCUCCAUCGGUGGCUCCUCAAGUUCAUGUUGAUCCUCCAAGAGCGUCCCGAUCAGAUUGGACCGAGACGAAGCCAUCAACAAUCGCUGCAGCUGCUCCACCAGCUGCUCAGCCAUCAAGAUCGGUGCCAGGCCCAAUCGGUCCGUUUGGAAGAUCUGCUCCACCUCCACCAGCUGCUCCACCGAUCCCUCCCCAAAUUCGUGUCGAUCCUCCAAGAGAGACGAAGCCGUCUACGAUUGCUCAGCCUUCACAAUCUGCUGCUCCACCGGCUCCAAUUCCACCACCAGCUGCUCAACAAUCAAGAUCCGUCCCAGUCCCGCCAGCUGCUGCUUCAUCCAGCCCAGCACCCACCCGAAUCGAUCUAUCUGAAAGGACUUUGGCUAGGCUAGCACAAAUUGCUCCAUCUUCCCAAGCUGCUCAGCCAGAAUCCGCUCCUUGCCAACCACGACGCCAAAUCACAAGAUCCGAUUUCGAGGGACCAGCGACGCGGACAAGAGGACGCUCGAGAGGUGGAUCUAUGGACACUUCACCAGUCUUCAGACAAGCUCCUCGCCGAUCCAAUUUCCGAGCCAGAUCCACUGAUGGAGACGAUGCUCGUACACCUGCGCCAAGAGCAAAGUCAAGGGAUCCAGAAGCAACUCCCCGAAGAUCUGCCGCAUUCAACCAAGCUGAUAAUGAUGUUCUAGGGGCAGCUACUCCUCUAACUGCUCGUGAACAAUCCACAGAUGGAUCUGGCCAACCGGUGGUGAAAAGAGGACGUGGUCGACCAAGGAGGGAUCAGUCCGUUAAUAGACCGGAUGAGGGACCAAGGGGUCAAACUCCAGAGCCAGGACGACCCGAAAAACCGGUUGGUCGGCCACGCGGCGGCUCUUCCAGGGAUCAAUCUAGGGAACCCGAGGGACCAUCAGGACCGACCAACGGCCGACCGCGCGUCCCAUCCAGGGAACCGUCAGUCGAUGCUCAGCCUCCUCGUAGAGGUCCAGGACGUCCAAGAACCAUCUCUCGGGAACCUUCCGAAGAUCGAGACACAUCCAGAGAACGAUCGUCGAGAGCGCCAUCCGUCGAAGCAUCGGAACAAGUGAUCGUGGCGGAACGAGUAGGACGUACUGGAACGACGACUAAUGCCAUAAAAACGCCUGGCGAGUUCAGAGCUGGACCAAAACGAGGCGUUUCGUACACACGGUCUCGAUCCAGGGACAGUGGUGAUGAGGGAGGGAUGAGGCUGAGAGAACUGGCCAGUACGCUGAGCAGUGACAAGGCGGAUUCAGCUGCUCAUCACCGACGCCAGGAACCCCGAUUUCAAGCGAAAUCAACGGUGAAAGUGGCUUGUGGACAAUCGAGAAUGGCAGCGUUACUCGACGAUGUUCCAUCGAUGCCAUCGAGUGUGAGGAAGCCGACGUCGUCGACCAGACUAGAAGCAACCAGAGAAGGUCGGCGUCAGGCGGCCUAUAACAGGCUGCGAGUCGCUGAAAAUGGAAAUGGAGGCGUGGAGACGAGCAGAGCGAAUGGAUCGACGCAACAAGAGAAAAGAUCCCGGAUCCGGACACCUGAGCCAUCUGUCCUGCACGCGGAGAUUCCAACACCACCAGGAAUCGGAUGGAUCGGAGGAGAACCACAGGAGAAGAGGCCACGACACCACUCGCCAGAACCGCCUGUCCCAGGCACCUCAGUACAAGCCCCGCCCAGUUUCCCUCCAGGGAUAAGCCUACCGUCGGCGUCAAGAAGAGCGACGCCUUCUGGAGAUGAUGGUAAAUUUUUUAGCUUAUCAAAAUUUUGCUGGAAAUUCGGGGAAUUUCAGAAGAUCGUCCCGCUUGGAAUGGUCCAUCGACGUCGUCGCCGUCCACCGCACAUCAUCGACGACGAGGAUCGACGACGUCAGAAGUUGGAGUCCCUCCACCACACGUCUUCUCGCCAUCGACGUCGUCAAGCUAUGUCCAUCAAGCCCCUCCUCCUCCAUCGACGUCAGACGCACCAGCUUGAAAUGGCUGAAAUUGUCUUUCCAGCAGCCACAUCAUCGUCAUUCAGUGGCCUCUACGUCGACCUCGCAAAAAUGGCUUUGGUGUCAACUGGACGUCAGGACAUUCCCAAUCCCCUCGCCUCUCCAGAAGACGUUGCUCCGGUCCCUGCCCAUCUCGCAGAAGCUCGACGAGCAGAUUUAGAGGAAUAUGGACGUCGUCUCAAUGAGAGAGGUCUUCAGAAUCUGCCAUCGACGUCUACAGCUCCGCUACCAUCAGCAGGAGGAUUCCUGAAUCUUCCGACGUCGCCGGCACCACAACCAGGAGUUCUUCAGAAUCUUUCGAGAGCUUCAGAAGCCGUCCAGUCUCGUCGUCAGAUCCUCGGCCUGCAAGACAUAAAUCACUACCAGCCGCCACCGGAGCGCCAUCCGGCCCAGAGCUUCCGAGAAGCUGCCCUGCAAAGGGUCCAGCAGCAAGCAGAGCAGGCUCACCAGACGUCUCGACGACGUCAAUCUACGGAGAGAGAAGUUCGACGCCAGUCUCCGGAGGUACGAGGAGGAGAAGGUCCAUCUUCUGAUCGACCCCACCGGAAGAGACAAGAGUCCAGGCGAUGGCAGGAACGAGACCAGGGAGCUUGGCAGGGAGGACACUACAGAAGAUCGAGAAGUCGUGACGAUGAUAACGGUGGAGGUUGGAAUCAUGUUCAUGGAAGAGGCGGAGCCAGAGGGCAGGGCAACUACUUGGGGCGGAACUUCGAUCCACACUACCAUGAGAGGCAGAGGGAUCACAGAGAUCACAAUGGUGGAGGAGGAGCAUAUCGACGAUACUAG